CGCACACACAAACAUACACACCCGUACGUGGGUAUACACCACAAGCGUCGUGUUUACUACACAAUUGGCAAUGGUAUAUGGAUUAGCUCGUCUUAGUUGCCAGUUUGAUUCUAUAAUUUCUUCACAUUAAGAACACGGACAGGCCGAUUAUUAGCGUCUUUCACUAGCCUGAUUAGAUUACCGUUGUGGACGGGCUUGAAGAAUGAGGACCUUACUCUACCUGAUUGUUGUGGUUUGUGUUUUAUUACAGAGAUUUACAGAAGGUAAGCUGAGCUGCUCACCUGUGGAGGAGCGCGGGGACGGGCUGCUGACCUGCCACGUGGUCAACAUGAGGCGCAGCUACGACAACGACGAGAACAAGUUCUGGUUCGGUAUCCGCCUCAACUCGCUGGAGACCGUCUACCCCAACUGCUGGUUCACGGAGAUCUGGAACCUCUGCUCGCUCAAUUACUCGGCCCUCGCCGUCACGGUCGAGAGGCUGGCCGGAAUUUUCCGGUUCGACGUGACGGUGAAGGAUCUGAAGCGAGCUGAGAGACAUUCACUUUGUAUCACCGUUGGGAACCCGACGCAAUACGAGACAUCGUGCACGUACUUGGAGUUUUAUGCUAAACCAGAUGACGUCAAGUGUAUAGGAUCAGACCUUAAGGCAGGAAGUGACGCAGUGGUUGUGACGUGUCGAACAGAACGGAUAUUCCCGCAAGCGUUGUGCUUGAUCAAUCGUCUUUAUGAGAGCCGACCAGACGUCAGCAUCACGCGCACACUAUACGAGACACAGAGCUACCUGCAGAAGGUGGGCAGCACCAGUCUCUUGUACUUCCGGUCAAACUGCUCCAUGACUUUCCCACUGACCAGCCUAGGUCAAGGUCGCCACAGGCUGGAGGUCACCGUGUACCCGAACCUGACGGCCGGGGAAUCGAAAGGUGUGCGGAUUGCCGUUGACCAGCUGUACGAUCUGUCAUUCCCGUCUGCUGAGUUACUUCCGUCAUGCGGAAUAGAGGACUUGUACUACAAAGCUAACGAAACCAUCGAGUGUGUGUGUGUCCGGUCUAGAGAGGGGUCACCCGCUGGUCGCGUCCAGUGGUUCCACCAAGGCCAACCGCUUGACACUGGCAACGACAACCCGUUUUCAUCCACCUUGGCGGUGCGGUACAGUGAGGUGGAUCAAGACUUCGAAUGUUGCGGUGUGUCGGCCUUGGGGAAACAGACGAUGUGUGCUAUAUACAAGCCUCGUUUUGAAAGACCCAGCGGUAUCAUCAGCUUCACGGGCAACCAGCAGACGAAUCGUUUACAGGUCGAGGUCGGUCAAAGUGUGACCUUGAGAUGUCACGUCGAGGGCAACCCCCCGCCCCGGGUCGUCAUAUACAGUACCAGACUGCGUACGCCGAAACGGGUUGCGGACAGAGCCCGGGUGGUUGAGUACAACCUGCCCAGGUUUGCGUGUGAGGAUGUGGAUGAGUACGUGUGUACGGCUGAUAAUGGCGUGAGGACCAACACCACCACAGACACGUCCAGAGGCAUGUUCGUCUUCGCUAAGUGUCCACCAGAGUUGGACGACCUAAGCCUGGACAACCAGAGCUUCACCACCUCAGAAGAUGAAAUUGUUUUCAUCAGUGUCAAGGUCACUGGGCUGGUCCCUCCAGGGGAGUUCACCCUCAAGUUCCUCCAGCAGGGCCUGUUCUAUGAAGUCAGGCGCCACAAGUACACGGUGACCUACCUGCAGGACACGCCCCUGCUGGGCCGGGUUAACCUGGCGUUGUAUGACCUACAGGCCAUGGACUUCACGCAGUACAUCCUCACCAUCAGCAGCGGCCCGGGGGAGGGGCUGGACUUUCACUUCCGGGUGGAGGAUGACCGGGUUACAUCCCGACACCUCGCCAUAGGGUUCGGUGUUUGUCUCCCCUUGUUGGUCCUAGCUCUGGCCGCCAUUUUGUUCUGUCGGCGUCGCAGGAGAUGUGUGUACUGCUGGGCGGGGAGAUGGAGGUGGUGCGGGAGUCACGUGAUCAGCGUCAGCCAGGUGGACCUGCUUGACUGUGACAUGGGGUCAGGACGGAGCAGUAAUGUGAAACAAGGGGCCAUGAGUCGACCUUUGAUCCCCACUCCUGUGACGUCAGAACACGAGUACGACAAACUCGAGUCGACCGACUCAGGGAGUGAAACCACGAGAACACAACUCAAAACAUUCUACGUCAGCAAGCCGUCUGGCAAGAUUAGGUACACCCAAGUACCGAGUUCAACACAAAAGUUCGGAGCUAAACGACCCUAUUUUUGAAGUACUAUGUGGCGAGCUAUAAAUCAUCUAUACGUUAUACCUGUAUUGAUUUAGCUGUUAUCAAUCAACAAAUAAUGAGACUUUAGCAAUAAACAAUCAUAAUUAACACAUUCUAAGUGCUAGGACUAAAGCACCUCUCAGUGCUAAAGAGUAGUUUUGGACUAAAAUAUUGUUAGAAGCGACACUGACAAUACGACAGUAUUGGUAAGUCCUAUGGACAACUACUAUUUUAAAGUGACGAUGUUAAAUUCAUACCUCUUAGGAAUUACGCCUGUAGCUAUUGUAAAAAAAUAAUUCUAUUAAAUAUGUAACAUAGGGCAAUUUUAAUUAAAUGUGCAAAAUUAUAAACUGUUUAUGAUGUGCGGUUUCGUUUAUAAAUAUUACAGUGGGAUUAUUGACUGAUAUAUUAAAAUGUUUUGGUAAUCUCACCCAAUACCAUGAGGCUAUUUCUUCAUGUAAAGUGUAGCAUAUUUAGAUAAGUUUGUGUUGGAGACGUCUAGCUACCAGACAGGACGUUUCUUAGAGACAAGGCCUGUAACUCGCAAUCAAGGAGUUGUCACUGACAAAAAGGUUAAAUAAUGGCAAAUGAGAGUGUAUAUCUCUGGCAGAUGAGGCUCGUUAGCUGGAACAGCCACUCUUCUAGGAGAGACAACUCCAAAAUCAAACAACUGCUGCCUUUUAGUUCGUUCUUGACUGGACAAAGGCAAUGGAAGCAAAUACAAAAAGAAAAGCAGGCUGAAAUCGGAGUCUAUGGCCUCAAUGGCGCAUAACCAGUUGACACUUUUACUUAAUUGUGUUGGGGGGAUCCCUUCCAACACUAAAAUUAAGAUCGAAGAAGAAGAAAGAAGAAUGUAUAUAAACAGAAUAAAAUCCAAUGUAUUAAUAGUUCGAAAUAAAAGUAUGUCUGUGAAGUAUGAAUUAAGGAAGCAAGAAUAGUCUAGUUAUCUUUUGUGUAUUUUUAGACUACUGCUCAGUAGAAAUAGAAACAAUAGGGAUUUACAUGUAUUUGUGAAUUCAAUUUAAGUUUUAACUAGCUUGUUAUAGAAAAAAAAACCUUUUAAGGUUAAUAUCUCAUGUGAAUAAUU